ACAGGGUUUAAGGGCUCUAAUUUUGGGUGUUGAAUAAAAAGCUUACAAAUCGUAAAACCCUAUACAAACACAUACACAAAGCUCAACUCAUCUUUUGGCGCCGCAUCAAAAAUGCCAAGAACAAGUGUAGUCGAGUGUCCUGGCUGCCCCCCAAUUCGAGCUCUGACAUUUGAUGAUCUGGGUCUUAUCAAAGUUAUUGAAGCUCGUCAUAAGGAAAAUGGAGUUGCUAAAGUGGUGGAGAGAUGGGGUGACCCGGAUUCCUCAAAAUGCGUGCUUGCCGCUUCCAUUGAUGACCGCGAAUUCGAUCCUCUGUUAGCUGUAGCGAGGAAGUGUGGUUCGGUUGAGUUGAUUAGUCCUGUUAAUGGAGAUUUGCGCUUUUCACUUUCCAAUGGUAGUCGAGUUGAUGGUGGAUCAGAAGAGGAUCCGGUUUCUGGUUUGCAUUUGUUUAAGAAAAAAACUUUGCAGUCAUCAUCCAGGUCAUGUACCUUGCUUUCAUGCUCAAAAAAAGGUCAUGUUGUUUUGAGGUCUGUUGAACUCCCAUCGGGCGAUGCUACUGUCAGUGGUACUCCAUUGACCUGGACAGUAUGUGGUUCUGGAGAAGUAUUGUGCUCUAAAGUUCAUGAAAGUGAAGACUAUGCAUUAUUUGGCGGGAAGAGAAUUGAAGUAAAUGUGUGGGAUCUAGAAAAGCGCACCAGAAUUUGGACAGCGAAAUCACCUCCCAAAAAUAGUCUUGGUAUAUUUGACCCUACUUGUUUCACAUCAGCAACUUUUUUGAAUAAGGAUGAUCACAGGAAAUUGGUAAUGGGCACAAAAAGUCACCAGGUACGCCUCUAUGAUAUUUCAGCUCAGAGAAGACCUGUUAUUUCUUUUGAUUUUCUGGAGGCCCCCAUCACAGCAGUCACUGAAGAUCUGAAUGGUAGAACAGUUUAUGUGGGUAAUGGAUCAGGCGACCUUGCUUCUUACGACAUACGCACAGGGAAACUAUUAGGCCGUUUUUCAGGAAAAUGCUCCGGAAGUAUAAAAUCGGUAGCCAGACAUCCGGAGCUUCCAGUGAUAGCUUCUUGUGGUCUGGACAGGUACUUGCGUUUUUGGGAUACCGAGUCUCGUCAACUUCUUUCUGCGGUCUUCCUCAAGCAGCAUCUUACAAGCGUGGUUCUUGAUUCCCAAUUUAAAGAUGAAGAAGUCGUUGGUUCUGAUGCUCCUGUAAUACCGGACGCAUCUGUGGAACUUGACGAGACGUUAGAUGAGGACAAGGAAGAUACACCACCACCUGUCAAGAGAAAGAAGAAAUCAAAAGAAGGUAGUGGGAGCAAGAAGAAAAAGACCAAGAAAGUAACUGAAUAGUCGAUUUAAAAUGAUGAACACUCAUCAUUUUCGACAUACAAGACAGGCACAAGGAACACAGAAUGAUCGGAGGAUUUUCAAGAAUUUUUGUGAUUCAGAAGUUCAAUUCUAGGGUAGUUUGUAUCAAUAUAUUCGACCAAGACUCGAAAAUAUGGAGUAACCUUAUUUUACGUCUUAGUUGUAAAUGGAUGGUCCUUGUGACAUUUUUGGAUCACUGUAAGGGCAUGUUUAUGGUCAUCUAGAUGCAGCAUUAAAGCGUUCAUGCUUAAUCGAAAUAGGUAUUAUUCUCGUUAUAAA